AUGUCUGAACGAAAACCCUCUCCGGCCUCCCGAGAGGGCAGUAGCUCCCCGCCUGCUGCUGCUUCUACAGCAGCUGCACCUGCUGCUGCACCUGCUGCUGCAGCAGCAGCUGCCCCUGCAGGAGGCGCCAGCACCCCUGGUAAGGUAGCCUCUCCCCAGGCUCCUGCUGCUGCUUCUGCAGCAGCAGCAGCAUCUGAGGGAGCAGAGAAGCUAACUCCAUCCCUGAGCGGGCGUUUAAGCAAGUCGCAUGCAGGUAGCAGCAGCAGCAGCAGCAGCAGCAGCAGCGGCCACGAGGGUGGUUUCUCUUCUAGCAAAGUACGCAGCAUGACCAGUGGUCAGUUCAUGCGAUACAGACAGCAGAGCUCAGCUGGCUUCCUCUUACCCAGCAACUUCUUUCAGAGCCGUGCAGAGAUACGCACCUGGGGAGAAGAGGACCUCACGGACCCCUCCAUUCAGCCUUAUGACGAAGAAAGUAAGAAAUCUAGGGCGUCCCCCGUCCUUUUCAUACAUCUUUGCCUGGCUAUGCUCCGCGUUUAUGUCGUUAUGUAUUAA